UGACAUUUGACUGAUUUGAAAAUAUUUUGGCUUGGCGCCGCUCAUGGCUGAGGACAUGGCGUCAUAUGUAAAAUUAUAAACAAAGCACAAAGCACCACCAUUCCAACAACAUGGAAAAUACUGAAAGCGAGUUCGACAAAUUAACUGAGAUAAUACAAGAAUUUGGGCGACUGAACCAACCACGAGUAGAAUUACAUGAAUUUUGCCAUCAAAAUAUUGAGGAGAUAUUUAAAUAUUUAGAACAAUGGGUGUUACGUCGAGACUUUGGAAACCUGGUGAACUGUGUACUGAAUGGAUUUCCCGAAAGUAGAGACCCUGGUGGAAAGAUUAAAGUAAAGGUUAUCAAUGAGAUUCUCCAGAUUUUGAGGAGGGAGUCUACAACUCUGACUCACUGUGGUGAUGUUUUAGCCAGGAUAUGUGUGGAGUUCCCAAAGUUACCUGUCGAUGAUGUGGUCCGUUGGGCCAAUGAUAGCGUGCAGUGUAUCAUAAAUCACAGCGAUGUUAAUAAUACUUGGAGAGAUGUGCUACCUGAAUGCUUCAAUGCGCUAAGUAACUAUGACACGAUCAAGCAUUUUGGUUCAGACCUUACCAUCACGGAGUUCAAAGAGCAGUGCAUACACACUCUGUGCCAGUGUAAAUGGGCCGAGACACAACUAGUUCAGCUGGCUGCGAUGUUCAAGGACUUGCAAUUGUCGCGCAAUGAUCACAAGAAAGUUGUGAACAAGUUUUGUUCACAAAUCCUUGAUGUACCACCAGAGACCAUGCCGCCACUGCUGCAUCAGUUGCUCAAAUUAUGCCAGACUAACAACUUUGAGAUAGUGCUGUCCCACCUAAGCCACUACUUCUCGGUGCAGCUAUACAGCAAGCUGGAGCCGCCACCACAGGACUCAGAGUCCACUACUAUCGAUAUCGAUGAUAUAGUACCACACUGUUCAGCGGAGUUAAGCCGAUGCUUGUCGACGUGCAUCUUAUACAUUUCGCAAGGAGCUGCAGACCCUGAAGUGGUUCGCAAGCACCUCAAGUCCUGGCCGAAGACACAGGUGCUACGAGCCCCCUUCAUCAUAGACCUGGCAUUGGCCAUGUCGGAAAAGGGGAAUGACUUUAGAAGUGUCUGCUUGAAUUUAAUCAAAUCAGCGAUAGAGCAGCGCGCUAUGGACGAGCUCCGUGCGCAGGAGUCUGCCUGGGUGCGCGCCGUCCUACCGCCUGACGUUGACGUCGUUAGUCUGCUCAAACUUCUUACCACGGAGAGUUCGAACCACCGUCAGCUGACAGUAGGCGGGCUCAUCAACCUCGCGUUCGUGUUGCUGUCAGUGCCGCGGGUGAAGCCGGUGGCCACAACUUGCUGGUCGCACGGCAAGCUCAUACUCGUGCGGCUCAGCAAGGCGCAGCCCGAGACUGCUGGACAUAUACUCACGCAGCUCACUGACAAACUCUGCACUGAAACUGCACUGAGGCAGUAUGCAGACUGCCUCUACUUAUUGUGCAAGCUAACUCCGGUGUCCGUGGAACGUUGUUCUCAACUGAGCAUGAUCUUAGAGAACUGCCAGCCUUCCUCCACUGGCUACAAAGCUCCUGCAGCAGUACUGGAUGCCGUACACCCACUCUUUAACUUCAGUACUAGGAUCAGGGAUACUCUUGUCAUGGUCUGCCGGAAAGGACUUUAUUCCAGGGACUCCCAGCACCGCUGCCUGGCACUAUCAGGGUUCCUGUCAGUACUGCGCAACGUCCGCGUGAAUGCGUCCAUCAGCAGUUCCCAGAGCUGUAGCGAGCUACACAGCGGACACUCGUACCUCACCCAGCUUACUGUAGACCUGCAUACUACGCAAAAUGGGACUGCUGUGACUUCCCGUGUCCGCAACGAGGCGAUGUGUAUGGAGGUAGUAUCAAUACUGCGCCGGUGCCUUGUACAAGAUGCGCUCGUCAAACAGCUCCUGUAUUCACAACUGUACGACUGUGCUAAAGACAAGCAGAUGUUACAUGAGUCUAUUCUGGAGUUGUUCCACGACCAUCUGAUUAAGUACCUGCCUGAGGACGAGAAUGCUGGCUCCCUGCUUAUCGACAAAUGUGUACAGAUUAAUGGUGUGAAUGUUGUUUUGACUGAGCCGAUAGGCCAGCUCCUAUUCGCAGUGGCCCAGUUCCUGCAGACCACUGAGGUUGAGGACCUCGAAGACAUCCUCUCCAGCCAGACGGUGGAGACUGGCCACGCUUACCUGAAGAGCAAGCUCAAUAGAGUAAUGCAACAACUCUGUGAUGCUGACAGUUUCGUCGAUAUUGAUAUGGAAGAAUCCAACCUCUCAGACAUGACACCGGAAUCAAAAGCUAAGAGUUUGAAAGUCCAGCAGACGUUGCAAUGUUACGAAGCUCUGAUUGCCCACACAGUGAUGCAGUGGACUGUUACCAGUGAUGACUCGGCCAAAAAACUGUACAAGCUGUUUAAAGCCUGCAAUCAGAUACUGGAACAGACUAAGGUCCUUCCAAAAUCAAGUAAAAAAGGCAACAAGACCCUCAAUGAGACGCGAGAAACAAUAAAAUCCCAGAAGAGUCAGAAGUCACAGAAGGAAAAGGGCAAGGCUCCCAUCAAGCUGUCUAACCUGGUGAAGGAUAAGGCUGGACCUUUCAAACCACUUCCAUGUCUUUGGGACACUAGGUUCUGUCUGAAGAUCAUUGAGUUGCUGUACAGUGACGAAGUAAGCUGGGCGUCUCUAGAACAACGCAACCAUAUCCGCGGCCGUCGCGACUUCCACACGUGGGUACUGCGGUGUGUCCAAUCGGUGUUACUGGGCGACAAUUUGGACAAGAAAGCCGUCGUUACGCACGUCGUGAAGAUCGCCACCAUACUUUACGACAAAGCUGUGUGCAGAUUCCAACACAUGUGCGGUUUCGACGACCAGGUCACGGUAACAUGUCUAGAAGUGUUUAAGACAUGUCUCACACUGUUGUUCUCGCCUCUUUAUUCGCUCAAGAUGGACUGUUUCUUGUCUAAUAUAACGGGUUCCAACGAGUCUAGCUCAGAAUGCUUGGCGAGUAUUCUAGAAAACAUCCACACGGCACUCCAACACAUUGAGAUGGACAGUGUACCGGAUGAAAGGGAUCUUGUCGUGAAGAAACAGCUGGGAGUGCUCAUACAAAUAGCUACCUUGUUAUUGGAGACACCUACUCCUUCCUGCCCGCUGAAGACUAGGGUUUUAGUGAAGUUAGAAGACUACCUCCGUACGAGCACGCAGGACUGCCUGGCCCUCAUCGGCCCCGUGCUGACGGCCGGGUACAGUGAGCUGCAGGAGGCCGCGCUACUUGACGAGUUGCUGGUCAAACUUGCCAAUGUACUCGGAAGGAUUGAUGAAGAAGACACGUCAGCAGGGGAGGAAUCAGACAAGUUCCACGCGAUAGACUCGCGCACCGGGCACGCAGUACUCGUCACUAUAUGCACACACCUGGCCACGCGCGCCAGGGGACUCGAACAUCUGCUGGCCCGCGCCAGGGACCUCACCGUCGCAGCCGGUUUAGCUGCGCAUAGUGUCGAACAGAGGAUCGAGAAAGAUCUGACGGAGAUUUACAAGUCGGUGGUGGUGCAGCUGUGCCAGGUGUCGGGCUGGACGUCGGGCUGCUGCAAGCUGCGCUGCAGCGUGGGCGCCGCCAGCGACCGCGUGCUGGCCGCCGCCGUGCGCCUCUACUGUCUGCUGGCCGCGCUCGUCAAGCAGAUCGACCCCGGCAUGGCGCAGACUGUACGUUUCGAGCGCCUCCUAAAGCUGUGCGGCAAGAAGUUGUCUUCAGUGACAGACAAUCUCAUUACGUACUUAGAAGCGUCACAGAACAAGGAGACUGCCACCAAGCUGCUACGGGAGACUAAACUCAUACCGAGACUUGUGCUUGAAGCUGAGCUGUUCAGUAAACAGCUUAUAUUGCUCUCUAAUAAGGCUAAGUUAAAUUGGCAACAGUACUUAUCUCUGGGUACUGCCCGCGACUUCAGAAUCAAGGGGCCCGUGUUACAAGAGGCACUCAACGCGCAGGAACAACCCGAUGAAUCUAUAAACGAAGAUGAGGUGGAUAUUAACGAUGCUGAGACUGACAUCAUAGAAGGAGCCAGCGACGCAGAAGAGGAAGGAAGUGAUAAAGAAGCUUCUAGAAAGAAGCGCAGAAGAAUUUCUUAGUACACACAUGUAUGAUGAUGAUGUUAUUUGAUUUGAUGAAUAAGUACAAA